CUCGUCACUCUUUGUCAGUCGUGAGUGCCGCACUGCCAGUGAGCAGUCCACUGCGUCUGCGCACAUCGUUUAUCUAUAAACAAAGCAUUAAAAAUACUAACGCAAAAAUAGACAAUCGAUAAUAUAUUCUUAUUUUAAAAUGGCAAAACUUUUGAGCAAGGAGCUCCCUGAUAUUGAGAAUCUGCUAAGAUUAAAUCCGACAGUGAAACAAUAUUCGAACGUGCUGCCGUCUGCGCAAACGAAAAAGAACAAGCAACAUUGGAAGAGAAAUGCUGACAGAAAGUGUACUACAUGUCCAACUUUAGUAAAUAAUUUUGACGAUAUAAAACACACGACGUUGUCGGAACGAGGUGCUUUGAAGGAGGCGGCGAGAUGCCUCAAGUGUGCUGAUGCUCCGUGCCAGAAGUCAUGCCCCACGCAGAUCGAUGUCAAGAGCUUUAUUACUAGCAUCGCCAACAAGAAUUACUAUGGAGCAGCAAAGGCCAUUUUAUCGGAUAAUCCCCUGGGCCUCACUUGCGGUAUGGUGUGUCCCACUAGCGACCUCUGUGUCGGAGGCUGCAACCUUCAUGCCAGCGAAGAGGGAGCUAUCAAUAUUGGUGGACUACAACAUUUUGCUGUUGAAACAUUCAUGAAGAUGGGAAUCCCGCAAACUUUGGAUCCUAACACGAAGCCAUUACCAAAAGGCGGAGACCAGAAAAUAGCGUUAAUAGGAGGCGGCCCCGCCAGCAUAAGCUGUGCUUGCUUCUUGGCCAGGCUUGGAUAUAAAGACAUUACCAUUUAUGAAAAGGAGAAAUACCUCGGCGGAUUAAGUUUAUCGGAAAUACCGCAAUAUCGUCUCCCAUUCGAUGUGGUGCAAUUCGAAGUAAACCUGGUCAAAAAUUUAGGUGUAAAAUUUGUGACAGGCCGGAAACUAUCUACAAAGGAUAUCACCGUCGAUAGUUUACUAAACAAUGGUACUGCAGCGGUAUUCCUUGGCAUCGGUCUACCAGAGCCCAACAGCGUUCCGAUAUUCAAAGGUCUAACUCAAGAAAUGGGUUUCUACACUAGCAAAGAUUUCUUACCUUUGGUGUCUAAAGGCAGCAAAAAAGGAAUGUGUGCAUGCAAGUCAGCUCUACCCGAAUUGUUUGGCAACGUGAUCGUUCUGGGCGCCGGAGACACUGCGUUCGACUGCGCCACAUCUGCCCUCAGGUGCGGGGCGAGACGGGUCUAUGUGGUCUUUAGGAAAGGUUUCAAUAACAUUAGGGCUGUACCUGAAGAAGUCGAUUUGGCCAAAGAAGAGAAAUGUGAAUUUAUGCCUUUCAUGUCGCCUCAAGAAGUAAUAAUUAAAGACGGUGUUAUCGCUGCAUUAAAAAUGUGCCGAACAGAACAACUAGAGAACGGCGAUUGGAUAGAGGAUCCUGACCAAGUUAUGCAGCUAAAAGCUAACUUCAUAAUCUCGGCAUUUGGCUCCGGACUUUAUGAUAGCGACGUAAAAGAAGCUAUGUCAGGCGUUAAACUUAACCGUUGGGGCCUCCCUGAAGUGGAUAAUAAUACCAUGCAGAGCACAAGUAACCCUCGCGUGUUUAUCGGCGGUGACCUGGCCGGGGUGGCGGAGACCACUGUGGAAUCUGUCAACGAUGGCAAGACUGCUGCCUGGUAUAUGCACUGUUAUUUACAGGGCCUCCCAUUCGAUUCACCGAUUGAGUUGCCAAAAUUUCAUUGUCCAAUCGACGAUGUGGACCUGUCUGUGGAAGUAUGCGGCAUCAAAUUUGAGAAUCCGUUCGGAUUAGCCAGCGCCCCCCCGACUACUAGCUCGGCAAUGAUUCGGCGCGGUUUUGAGCAAGGAUGGGGCUUUGCAGUCACUAAAACAUUUGGUUUAGAUAAGGACCUAGUAACGAAUGUGUCGCCACGCAUCGUCCGCGGGGUGACCUCCGGCGAGAACUAUGGCCCUGGCCAGGGCUCGUUCCUCAACAUCGAGCUCAUCUCCGAGAAAUGCGAGGCCUACUGGUGUCAGAGUAUCACCGAGUUGAAACAGGACUUCCCCAAUAAAGUAGUCAUAGCAUCAAUAAUGUGUUCAUACAACAAAGAAGACUGGACAGAGCUGGCACAAAAGGCAGAAGCAGCUGGCGCCGAUGCCCUCGAACUCAACUUGUCGUGUCCCCACGGAAUGGGCGAGUCUGGAAUGGGCUUAGCUUGUGGACAGGAUCCUGUUUUAGUGAAAGGCAUUUCCCAGUGGGUGCGGGCAGCUAUCAAGAUACCUUUCUUUGUGAAGCUUACACCUAACAUCACCGAAAUAGUCACCAUUGCAGUUGCUGCUUAUGAAGGUGGAGCAAGCGGCGUGUCAGCUAUUAAUACAGUGUCAGGGUUGAUGAGUGUCAAACCUGAUGCGACGCCGUGGCCAGCGGUCGGAGUGGAGAAACACACAACUUAUGGCGGAGUUUCCGGCAACGCGACCCGUCCUAUGGGGCUCCGUGCCGUAUCCACUAUUGCCAAUAAACUUCCCGGCUUCCCAAUACUUGGUAUAGGGGGCAUAGACUCUGCUGACUCAGCACUGCAGUUUAUAAUGUGUGGAGCGCCUGUUGUCCAGAUCUGCAGUGCUGUUCAGAAUCAAGAUUUCACCGUGGUAGAAGACUACAUUACUGGAUUGAAGGCGUUGUUGUACCUGCGCUCUCUAGGAUUAGAUGGCUGGAGUGGCCAGUCUCCGACUACGUUUAAACAUCAGAAGGGCAAGCCAGUUCAAACGUUGUACGAUGAAAAUGGCAAGGUACUUGCUCACUUCGGGCCUUACAACAAACAGCGUGAAGAAAAGUUACACGAUAUCAGGCUAAAUUCAGACUUAUUAGGCGACAAUAAAGUAGAAAAUGACUUGUUAAAUAACGGUGUCAAUGGAACAAAUUCUAAGGUGCCAAGUAUCAAAGAGGUUCUUGGGGAUGCCUUACCUAGAGUUGGAACUUACAAACAUUUGGAUAAUACCAAACAAGUGGUUGCAUUGAUUGAUGAUGACAUGUGUAUAAAUUGCGGCAAAUGUUACAUGGCGUGCGCCGAUUCUGGAUAUCAAGCUAUUGAAUUUGAUCCAGAGAGCCACAUUCCGCACGUAACAGACGAUUGCACUGGGUGCACGUUAUGUCUGUCUGUGUGUCCCAUUAUCGACUGUAUUUCGAUGGUCCCGAAAACGAUACCUCAUGUUAUUAAAAGAGGUCUACGAUAUGACGUAUUACAAGUAUCACCACUAGACAAAGUAUGUUAGUAAAAGAAUAUACAAACACAAAGAAAAAAUAUAAAAAUAUAUUAUAAAAACAUAUGUACAUUAUUAAUAGAGCAAAUACAUUAUUUUCAACCCAA